UCAACUUGUCUCGGAUGUUUCUUUCCUUUCUUUCAGUUGGCUCUUUCAAUCUCGAGUGAUUUCAAAAGUGUGCAUUUCGAGGAGCACGAGAUGAUCUUAACCUCCUUUCGGUUUCGAUCUGUUUCACUCUUUCCGUGAAAAAUAAGAAAUUCUCUCAGUGAAUUCGUGUUUUGGACAACCUUCUUUAAAGUAACAUUUAAGAUAUCAAGAUCAUAAUUCAAAUUGUAAUUGUUUGAUUGGUGCUGUACUUUAAUUGUUUACAAUAUGGUUGUCUUCACUUGUAAUCACUGUGGCGAAUCGCUGCAAAAGCCCAAAGUAGCAAAACACUAUGAAUUCAGAUGCCACAGAAAACCCUUUCUAACUUGUGUGGAUUGUCUAAAGGACUUCCGGGAGGGAGAAUAUGUUGCGCAUACCAAAUGUAUAACUGAAGCUGAACGAUACGGUGGAAAAGAUUAUGUUCCAAAAUCAAAUGCAAAUAAAGGAGAACGCAAGCAACAAGAAUGGAUUUGCGUUGUUAGCAACUUGCUGAACGGUACAGUGAAUUUAUCCAACGAGGAGAGAAACUUUCUUAAUACCUUAUCAAGACAUGAAAAUAUACCAAGAAAGAAAGCUAAAUUUCUGAAUUUUGUACGUAAUGUAACGGGCAAUCGUGUGAAUGCGAAAGUAGUGGACAGCGUUUGGAAUAAGAUGGAAACUAUGCACAAAGGAAGUCAAGAAUCUGUUGAGCAGAAGCAAGAUACUACACAGACUCAAAAACAAAAUAAUGGUAAUGCAACAGCAAAGUUCCAGAAUGAGGAUUCCAACAACUCGCUCAACAAUCAGGAAAAUAUCAUAGAAAAUCAAAAUAAUGAAAACAUAUGUAGAGAAAAUAGUACUCUCACAGAACAGAACAAUGGGAAUGGAGUGUGCGAGAAUGGAAGUGCACCUGAAAAACGUAAGAAAUCUAAGAAGCGGAAAUCAAGUGACACUCAAGUGCCGGAGGAGGAUCAGCCGGUCGCGAAAAUUUCAAAGACGUCCGACUCUUCUUUACAAACAAAUAAUAAUGAAAGUGAUGGUUCUCCUUUCGAUUGGAAGCAAAACGUCUUAGACAUUGUGCGAGCUAAGAACAAUGAAAUUUCGGUAAAAAAAUUGCAAGGCAAGAUUGUUAAACGAUACGCACGUCAUAUCUCUAGCUCACACGGUGUACAUAAUUUGACUGAUGAGGAACGUGAGAAAGCUACCACAAAAUUUAACAAAGCGUUAAAGAAACUUAAAAAGUCAUCGGCGAUAUGCGUCUCGGAAGAUACCGUGAAAUUAGUAUAAACAAUUAAUAUAUAUCAUCUUUGCACAAAACUAAAUAGGAAAAUUUAAGAUAAAUAAUUGUACAUGUAUAUGUUGUGCAUGUAUAUAAAAAUAAAUACUGCUUGUAAUG